AUUAACAAAACCUGAUAUCUACCGCUUGGCGGCAUAAAGGUCACUAGUCGAAAAGCAUAGGGAACGUUGGAAUCAGGCCAUGUUUUAGUAGAUGUUAAUCAAUUAAUUUUCCUGAAUUGAAACUUAGUGUUACAUAUUAUAAAUUAAAUGUCAAGAAGCGCGCUACGAGACAUUUUAAGUGCGAAUCGUGAACGUUUGUUGUGAUCGACUGGAUGAUUGCGGUAAAUUUAAAUUUGUUUCUGGAUGAUUUGGAACAGUUUGUGGUACAGCCUACUAACACAAGACGCGGACUAUCUUAGUUAAGUGUUACUGUGUAAUGACAUAUUGUCGUGAAUAUAUAUUAUAAGUACUUAAAACACAACGGGAACCUAGUGCAUUAACUUUUAUUGUUACUCGUUUGGUUGGCGGAAUAAAGCCUCAUCACGUUUCGACACAGCAAAUUACGUUAUUCUAAUCAUUUUCCUUCGCGCGGCUCGCCAUUAAAUAUCAGAGGACAGUCAGUAAAGGCAGCGUCAUUGAGUCGAAUCGAAGCUUCCCCGAGGCUGGCUGCAGGACCGGAGUGCGUCCGAAACGUGGGCGGCGCAGCCGGCGGCGCCGCCGGUGGCGUCCGCCCUGGGUACGGGUAUGAGGCGCUCUCAGCGGCGAGUGACGGCAGUGAAGGAGAACUCGACGAAGCACCCGAGUACGCCGCUUUUGAAAUGGAACUCUCGGGUGGUGGCGAGUCUAUAGAAGGACCAUCUUCCCGCGGUUCAACCAAAGUCAAUUUUCCACCUGAAGUCGAGUUAGAGAGACGGCCUACAGUCUCGGCAGUGGCAACUGCAGCCUAUCAUAGGAGUCGCGGACGAUCUAUGAGUGCCUGGAGCGAUAUUAGCCGAUCCAGUAUACGCUUUGAGGAAAGAGUCCGAGUGGAGUAUUACGUAAACGAGAACACUUUCAAAGAAAGACUGCAACUAUAUUUUAUAAAAAAUCAACGAUCGAGUUUACGCAUUAGAAUAGCUAACUUAUUUUUCAAACUUUUGACCUGCGUGUUGUAUAUAUGCCGAGUUUGCGCUGAUGGCGAUCCCAUUACCGCUUCCUGUUACGGCUGCAGGCCUGGGAAUAAGACUGAAUUCGAAUAUUCGGCUAACUUGACGGAAGAGGAAUUUCAGGAGCACCCGAUUAUUAAUUGGGACGGAAUAAUAUGGGUCAAUAGGCCCCUGUAUUUGUGGGUUGUGCAAGUCAUAUUAGCUAUGAUAUCUUUUACCGAAGCCAUACUACUCGCUUAUUUAGGCUACAAGGGUAAUAUCUGGCAACAAGUUUUAUCGUUUCACUUCAUCUUAGAAAUGGUGAAUACGAUACCAUUUGCAUUAACGUUGCCGUUUCCACCGCUCAGAAAUCUUUUCAUACCAGUAUUUUUAAACUGCUGGCUGGCGAAGAGAUCUCUCGAGAACAUGUUUAACGACCUCCACAGAGCUAUGCAAAAGUCCCAAUCUGCGUUAUCACAGCAAUUAAUGAUAUUAUGCGUAACAUUAUUAUGUCUGGUUUUUACAAGUGUCUGCGGGAUCCAACACUUUCAACGAGCUGGGCAUCGCCACCUCAAUCUGUUUCAAGCCACAUACUUCGUAGUAGUUACCUUUUCGACGGUGGGUUACGGUGACUUCGUGCCCGAUAUAUGGCCUUCGCAACUUUUUAUGGUUAUCAUGAUCGGAGUGGCACUUGUUGUGCUACCUACACAGUUUGAGCAGCUGGCAUUCACAUGGAUGGAAAGGCAAAAACUUGGUGGCUCGUAUUCAUCACAUCGUGCGCAAUCGGAGAAACACGUCGUCGUAUGCUCUACUACUUUACAUGCCGAUACAAUAAUGGAUUUCCUAAACGAAUUCUACGCUCAUCCCUUAUUACAAGACUACUAUGUAGUACUGUUAUCUCCUAUGGAGUUAGACACUACUAUGAGAAUGAUUUUACAGGUACCAAUUUGGGCACAAAGAGUUAUUUAUAUCCAAGGAUCGUGCUUAAAAGAUACAGAUUUGAUAAGAGCUCGUAUGAACGAGGCUGAAGCAUGUUUUAUUCUCGCUGCUAGAAAUUAUGCCGACAAAACAGCGGCAGAUGAACACACUAUCUUAAGGUCCUGGGCUGUUAAAGAUUUUGCACCAGCUGUGCCGCAAUAUGUGCAGAUCUUUAGACCUGAAAAUAAAUUGCACGUGAAGUUUGCUGAAUUUGUAGUUUGUGAAGAUGAAUUUAAAUAUGCUCUGUUAGCAAACAAUUGCACUUGUCCAGGAGCUUCUACACUAGUAACCCUUUUACUUCAUACCAGUCGUGGACAGGAAGGUCAGCAGUCUCCUGAAGAAUGGCAUCGACUUUACGGUAAAUGCUCUGGAAACGAAAUUUACCACAUUGUUUUGGGCGAUAGCCGGUUUUUCGGCGAGUACGAAGGAAAAAGUUUUACCUACGCUAGUUUUCACUCGCACAGAAAGUACGGAGUUGCUCUAGUUGGAGUACGUCCAGCAGAACUACCUGAAUUCUAUGAAGAAACGAUUCUAUUGAAUCCUGGCCCCCGGCAUAUCAUGAAGAGUAGUGACACCUGUUAUUACAUGAGCAUCACAAAAGAAGAAAAUUCUGCUUUUGUCGUUGCUGAAAAACAAUCAGAACAGAAACCGACAAUACCAAAAGACCAAACCGCAUGUAGUCUACUUUCUAAUGAGAAGAAACCAGGUGACGCAGAGGAGGUUUCUGACCAGCAGAAGAAACCAGACGGUAGUAGCGUCGCUCAGUACGACCUUCCACAAGUGAUUCUCCAAGCUCCCGCGAGUUCCACACCAAAAGCAUCGCCAUCACGCAUCAACCAAGCUAAUACUGUAUCAUCCGCUAAUUUUACUGUCACUAGCUCGAAGUAUGGAGAAGGCACAUCGGCGGGUGAUUCUAGAACUUGCUCAAAAGAUUCCCCUGGGACAGACAGUGCCACAGAUAGUCAUCUGUUGUUGCCCAAGCCCGACAACAACUUUCUAAGCCCCGACGCCUUAAAUUAUCGAAGAGGAAGUCGACGACCAUCAAUACUACCCGUACCUGACAUGGUAACCAGCAAUUUAAAUAUCGCCUCUGAUAACCAAGACGAAGAAGUCGAAGCUGAUGAAAGUGAAGACGAAUUAGAGGAUGAUGUACCGUGGCGUUCGCCGUCAGAAAAGAUAGCAAUUGUGAAAGGAUUCCCGCCAGUGUCACCAUUCAUAGGAGUGAGCCCAACUCUAUGUUACUUGCUGAAGGAAAAGAAAUCAUUAUGCUGUUUACAACUAGCACAAGUCUGUGAACACUGUGCUUAUAGAAAUGCUAAAGAGUACCAAUGGCAGAAUAAAACUAUCAUCCUUGCUGCUGAUUACGCAUCAAAUGGAAUAUACAACUUUAUUAUACCCUUGCGGGCCCAUUUUAGGUCUAAGACCUCCCUAAAUCCUAUUAUUUUGCUGUUAGAACGCAGACCAGACAUAGCAUUUUUAGAUGCAAUAUCUUACUUCCCGUUAGUAUAUUGGAUGUUGGGUAGCAUUGAUUGUUUGGAUGACUUGUUGCGUGCCGGCAUCACAUUGGCUGAAAACGUAGUCGUUGUCAACAAAGAAUUAUCCAAUUCUGCGGAAGAAGAUAGUCUGGCAGACUGUAACACAAUAGUUGCUGUACAAACUAUGUUCAAGUUUUUUCCAUCAAUAAAGUCAAUCACAGAACUAUCACAAUCAUCAAAUAUGAGAUUUAUGCAAUUCCGUGCACAUGACAAAUAUGCCUUACAUCUUUCGAAAAUGGAAAAGCGAGAAAAGGAGCGUGGUUCGCAUAUAUCUUAUAUGUUCCGGCUGCCGUUUGCCGCAGGCUCUGUGUUCUCGGCAUCAAUGCUAGACACGUUACUGUAUCAAGCAUUUGUAAAGGAUUAUGUGAUUACCUUUGUGCGAUUAUUAUUGGGAGUAGACCAAGCUCCAGGAUCAGGAUUUCUCACUUCAAUGAAAAUCUCAAAAGAAGACAUGUGGAUACGAACAUAUGGUCGGUUAUAUCAAAAAUUAUGUUCAACUACAUGCGAAAUUCCGAUUGGAAUAUAUCGCACUCAGGAUACGACAUUAGCCGAUGCAUCUCACCACUUGCAGCAGGAGGAAGGCGAAGGCGGUGGAUUUUCUACUUGCGGGCGCCGGGAGGCAGCAAGCUGCCUCAGUGGCUGCUACGGGGAACGCACGCCGGCGUAUUCUACAAGCCUAGCGGAUGAAGCACGAGACAAUCAUGCUCAACAAAUUGAAAGGGCUGAAAUAGCUAAUCUAGUAAGAUCUAGAAUGGAAUCGUUGAACUUAACAGGUAUCGACUAUGACGAUGUAAGCGAAAAGAGGAACAGUCUAUCUUAUGUAAUUAUAAAUCCUAGCUGUGAUCUCAACUUGCAAGAAGGCGACAUUAUAUACUUAGUCCGCCCUUCACCUUUCUCUGCACAAAAGACGUUUGAACGCCACAAUAGCCGCCGCAAAUCAAAUAUAAGUUUUUGUUCACAAGCAUUAAUUCAAGCUCAGGGAGUCUCGAGCAGAAGAGGAUCAACUAUCGGGGCAAGUUUUGUGCCACCGCGAGCGCCUCCGCUUUCAACUACUAAAGCAAAUUCAUUAUCCUUACCUGAUAGCCCCACUAUUAUCACAGAUUUUCGAGGGAGAUCUAACUCACUUCGGGUCGUCGACGAUAUACUAUUAAGAAGAUCUAACUCACUACGACAAGGGUUGAGUGGCGUUGGUUCUCGCCGCCGUAAGAGUAGUCUCGAAGAAAUUGGUAUAUCUCAUUUCAAUUCAUUAUUGCAACACCAACAACAACAGCAGCAACAGAAUGCCUUCAAAAUAGCUUUAAAUGGCAGUAUUGGUCUAGAAGUAACGCCACCAGAAGAGCACCCACUAGAGCGCCUGCCUGGUCCCAGUAUACCACUCGGUGGAUACCAAGAGGUGGCAGCUGCUUUACCGUCUUCAUCUCUGGGUCCCUCGCUCCCAAGUGUCACUCCAACCCCAGAUCCCCAACAUUUGCAAGGGACUAUUGUAUGAUACCACCUUAUGUGGGGACGACGACUGAGUUCCGUUAUUAGAAACAAGUGGACGUAGAUAUAUUAGCCCGGUAAAAUAAAAUGGUAUUUCUCCUGUAGCUGAUACCGGCUUAGUAAUAAAGUUCACUGUGCGAGACUAACUCAUUCCGUAGCGUCCCUACCUUCUAAAUAAUUAUCACGUAUGUACAUGUUUAAGUACAGACUUAGUGAUUUAGACUGGUGGUGAAAGAGCUGUGUAAUUUAAGCGGGAUCAAUUAGUUACUAGGUAAUGGGGAUUUAUUAAGUCAGCACGUCGCUGCCGGUGUAUAUCAGAAGUUGUAGUGUUUUAUUUGAAAUUGUAAAUUAAACUUAAAAUAAACUUUACAAAAUGUUAAUUAUUGUAAAUAUAUUUACAUAGAAAUCUAUUUAACUUAAAUAAUAAAUAUAAUCACUUAGGGUUCAUUUUUCUAGACUAACUGACCAAAUUAAAAAAAAAACUUGGAUUUGAAAAUAGAUUCCGUACUUUAAUUAUGCAGAUUAGAUUUAACUAGAUUUCAAAUA